UUGACCACCUUCGAUCUCUCAAGCAGUCCUGUGUACCUCGGUGGAAUCGCGGAUGUAGAGAGCCACUUCCUGGAGGAUGUUGUGCCUUCAAAACAGUCGUUUGUUGGAGCCAUUCAGAAGGUGGUCCUUAAUGGAGCUGAGCUUGUACUGGCUGGAGGCUCACAGAAGAAGAGCGAUCGUCUGAAGGAGACCCAGUUGGAGCACUGGGAAGCGACUACUCAAUGGCAGGGACCACCAUGUGGAGACAAUUACUCCACGUGUGCAAAGGAUAGAGAGACGCUGAAACGCAUUUGUCGACCACUGGGAAGUAGUUACGAGUGCUCCUGUUCCACUCCACUCACACACAUGUCCUUUGUGCGUCAUUUGACAGCCUCAUUGGGCGACGUAGAUCUGCUUCACAACUUGACCGCUCAACGGGAGAUUUCGGCAAAAGCUGAGGCUAUGGCGUGCGACGCACUGGCGACGAGGCUUGGAAUGGCCUCUAAAGACCUGCAACACGAUGUACCUGGUAAAGACAAUGAAAUUGGCGCCCCGUUGAGUGAAGAAGAGCGAAAGGAGGUGCAAGCUGGUGAAAGACGCAUGGGCGACUCAAGAGAAGCAGCAGUUCUCUACAAGGGCUCCGUUCUCUUCUCUGGAAGCACUGUUAUCAAUUACCAUGGUCUCAUAGACAAAGACAACACUGUAGACAAUGUUCGCAUUCAACUGAAAACGGAGACCUCGGAUGGGUUGGUGGUGAUGAUUCCAGAACGGAGUCAUGGAAUGGAAGAGUUUGUCGCGAUUUCAUUAGUCAGUGGACGACCAGAGGCCUGCCUCUCCCUUAGAAGCUCGCACCACUCACCUCCACUCAAUGUGGAUACCUCUCAUUCGGAGGGAAAGCGAGUGACAACGUUGAAGGCAGCACAAUUCGUGGCUGAUGGUGAUUGGCACAUUGUUCACUUCAUCAGGAAUAGAGGCCACAUCUCGUUGAUAGUGGAUGACCAGAUGGUGUCCGGUGAGUUGGCGGGUACAGAUGGCGUGCUAAACAAUGAGGGCAACAUUUGGCUUGGUGGCGCUUUGGAACGGGUAACCACAUUGCCAUGGCAGUACCAGCGCAACUUCACCGGCUGUAUCUCAGCGCUCUUCCUCAAUGAGGUUUCAAUCGCCUUGCUAGGCGAUGCUGAUCUCCUCUACGGCACCAUUGCCUCAUGUUCAUGA